AUGUGUCUAUUAUCUCAAGAAAACAAAGUAGGAGCAGGAAAAAAAAAAAGAAAUUACCACCACCAAUUCUGUUACAUACCAACUUACAUGGUCGUAAUCACCAACAAUAUGACAGAUGCAUUUGAUCUAAACUACUUGUUCAUUAAUCAAUUGGCAUUUACUUUCAACAAAUAUAUAUCGUCAUCAUCGUCAAACAUUCCCAAAUCAAGUAUAAGCAACACAGCAAAACAAUGUUUAGAUUAUAUGAAACAAUAUGAAAUUAUCCAUCCCAUUGCAGAGACUUUAAUUGAUUAUUUAUCCAAAGAAGAUCGAUUGCAAAGUGAUUAUAGUACCCAAUGGAUUGAAUCAACUCGUUUGAUGAACAAUUCAUACCUUGAGCAAGCUAGAGAGGAAAUCAAACAAGUUCUUGAAACGUCAAUGCAAUCGUUACAUACUAAUAAAGCAGAAAAAUUGUUUAGCAAGAUCAGACGAGCUAUUGCCAUAACAAUAGUACAAACUAGUUAUGAAGUCGGAUUGAGUUUAUUGAAUAAUUAUGUUGCAGUUGUGGAUAUUUCAACACAACCGAAAACCAAAGAACAGCUUGUCUCAAACAGUUAUGUUGAAUAUUUGUUCUACCAAUACGUGUUACAUAUAUUUUCCCUGAUUUGGUUCCCAUCCUAUGACAAUGAAUUUCAUAGAUACAACUUGUCUCAGAGACAAUUUCCAGGAAGAUACGAAACUAAAACAAAUGUGACCAGUAAUUCCUUCAAGACUUUAGACCAGAUUUAUUCCAAAGCACUUAAUUAUUAUCAGAAAAACGAAUUAUUAUUUGGCCAAUACGAUAAUGAGACACGUUAUUUUUGGGCAAUCAAACUUUUCAAUCUAAGUUUAUUGUUCAAGCAGUUCAAAUUAUGUGAAUUUUACGAUCAAUUUAUCGGAUUUUUCCUUAUUGAAAAAGAACCACUCAAUUUUCUUGUUGACGACUUGCAAAUGCUUUUGUCAAACUUACUUGUCAUAUUUGGAAUUACAACUAUUUUCUUGAAGCCUUUCAACGAAUUGACUUUAAUGAAACUUGAUAAAGAUGACGCGUUGAUAGAUUUAUUUACUGACGUACCAGAAAGCUUAGAAUUUCAAUUAUAUAAUUCCGUCAUGAUUCCCUUGGCAAAAUGCCAAUUUAAACAAGUGAUUGUGCAAUUACAGAAUGAGACUUUUGUUGCCGAGUUAGCUGCUCAACUAGAAUACAACUUACCUGUCGCCUUUAGAAAUGCCAGUGGCACUAAUAGCUCAUCAUUAAUUAAUUAUAUGGCAUCAAUAAUUGAUUACAAGAAUUUUUUCGUGAUACUUACUAGCUCAAGACAAAUAUCAAGAUUGCAGAUGCUUGAGUUAAUGGGCCAUGAUACAACUGAUGAUAGGUCGGCCACUAAAUUAACCAAUGAUUUGAUAGGUGUAAUUGUUGCAUUGGAUUUGCAAAAAUACGGUAUCUAUUAUGAUGCUAACAACCAAAUGUUUGUUAACAACGAAACGACAAAGGACAGCAACGCAGAUGAUGUGGCCAAACUACAAGAAAAUAUUGACGACUUAAAAAAUGAAUUACGUGCUGAAUCGCUAGCGACAAAGAUGACCGCUUUACUAUUGGAUAAAUACUACAGAUAA